AUGGUCGAAGAACUCGACAUUGUUGAUUUACGCGUCCAUUUUAUUGCUGAUUAUCUUAUCAAAUCAUUACGUCUUCGAGCGGACAGAUGGACAAAAAUGGUUCAAAUCGAAGAACAAAAUCGAACAAUAAUGGAUUUUUGUGAAAAACCUCAACCGACUUUACUUGUCUUUCAUGUUAAUCCUGCUGGAAAUCUUGUAGUAGGAGCAUCAUUUCCAUCAUCACUUAAAAGUAAAGCGUGUUUUUUUGGUAAAAAAUCACCAGAACCCUUACAACGUGAAUCGAAAGAAAAAAUUGCUGCAGCCUUAAAUUUUGGUGAUCUAUCAAAUGCUGCACUUGAACAAUUACAAAUUUAUGUCAAUGAUGUCGUUCGACCAUUAUUAACGGCACCGCAAAACCAUGAAGAAUGGCCUGAAGUUGUUUUGACUGAUUUACAAAAACAUGUUUCUGAUCUUCAAUCCCAACUUCAAGUUGUUACAAGUCUUGUGAAAGGAAAAAUUUUACUACCAUAUCCAAAAUAUAGUAGUCCAACAGGUACAAAUGGUACACUCCAUGCUAAUGGACACACUCGAAUAAAUGAAACACCACAAACAAGUUCUAGAAAUGGUGAAACAAUCGAUUUAAAAUUAGUACAUGCUGUAGAAUCUGUUGUUAUUGAAUGGUCACAUCAAAUUCGUGAAGUAUUAAAAAAAGAUUCAGCACAACCAUUACUUGAUGGUCUUGAUCCAUUACCAUCAACUGAAAUUGAAUUUUGGAAAUCAAAACGUUCGCAUCUAGAAUCAAUUUCUGAACAGCUCAAUGAUCCACGUGUAACAAAAAUGGGUGAAUUACUUUCGAAAAGUAAUAGUUCAUAUUAUCCAUCAUUUUUACAAAUACAUAAUGAUGUUCGUCAUGCACUUGAUGAAGCACAAGAUAUUGAUACACAUUUACGACCAUUAGCAAGUCAUUUUGAAUCAAUAGAAACAACUGAUUUUAUGGAAGCUAAACAUUUAUUUAAACCAAUGUUUCAUGUAAUUAGUCUAUUGUAUGAUCAUUGUCAUCAUUAUGCUACAGCAUCAAGAAUAGUUGUUUUAUUACAAGAAAUAUGUAAUCUCAUUAUGAAACAAGCAAGUGAAUAUUUAGAACCAAUGGAAUUAUUUAAAGGUGAAGUUGAUGAAGCAUUAAUGAAAAUUGAUGAUACAUUUGAAACAUUAAAAGAAUUUAUUGAUGAAUAUAAAUUAAUUCGAGAGAAAAUGGGUACAAAAUGGGAUUUUUCACCAAAACUUGUUUUUGCUAAAUGGGAUAUAUUUAUGGAAAGAAUGGAUUGUCUUAAAGAUUUAUUUUCAACAGCAAAUACUUUUAAUAAACUUGAAAAAGUUGAAAUUGGUGGUGUUAAAGGUCGAGCAUUAUCUGGUGAAAUUCUUCAAAUAUAUGAAGAAUUUAAAGCACAAUUCGAAAAAUUUAAUAAUAAAACAUACAAUCCACUUGAUCCAAAAAAUACGGCAUUUCUCAGUGAUGUAGAAGAAUUUCAAGAAGGAAUUGAUGAUCUUGAUCGACGUAUUGGCCGUAUUGCAAAUCAAGCAUUUGCUGAUUGUAAUGGUCUUGAAGCUAUGUAUAAAUUAAUUCAUAUAUUUGGAUCAUUACUUGAACGACCUAUAAUUCGUCAUGAUUUUGAAAAAAAUUAUUCAAUUAUUCUUGAGCAAGUUGAACGCGAAAUGGAUGCUGCUAAAGAAAUAUAUGAUCAACAAAUGGAUGUACAACAAGAACAAGGUUCAAUUCAACUUAAUCGUAAUAUGCCGAAAGUAGCCGGUAGUUUAAUGUGGGCUGAAGAACUUAAACCACGAUAUACACAACCAAUGGAACAAUUUCGAACAUUAGAUAAUGAAAUAACACAAACGUUCGAAGCUAAACGUGUUGAAGGAAAAUAUAAUGAAUUAAAUCAACUUGUUGAUAGAUUUAUUGAAGAACUUUAUAAAGAAUGGGCUAGUAAUGUAAGUGAAGCAUCAAAAUUUAAUCUUAAUCAACAUUUAAUUACACGAAAUCCAAAAAAUCAAUUAAUACAAUUAAAUUUUCAUCCACAACUUGAAACAGUCUUACGCGAAGUUCGUUAUCUUGAAAUAAAAGAUCGUAAAGAUAUUCCACCAGCUGCUUUGGAUAUUUACAAAGAAAAUGAUACAUUUUUAUCAUAUAUUAAUAAUUUAAAUUAUACAAUAACAUCCUAUAAUAAAAUUCGUGAAACAGUUGCUGAAGUUGAAUAUCCAUUAAUUGAACGACAACUUCAAGCAAUUGAUCAACAAUUAUCUGACGCUGAAAAUAAAUUGACUUGGUCAACAGCUGGUAUUGGCGAUUAUAUAUUACGUACUCGUGCAAUGGUACUUGAUCUUGAACAACGUCUUCAAAAAUCUAAAAAUAAUAUACUUGAAAUUCAAUCUAUAAUGGCAACAUGGUCAAAAAGUCCAUUAUAUGAACGUGCAAGUGCACGUGGUACAACUGAAAAACAAACAGGUGGUGAUAAUCUUUUAAUAUUAUCUGAUUUGGAUGAACGUCUUAAUAAACGUUAUCGUGAAAUACGUGAAGCCGGUGAACGAAUACAUAAAUUAGUUGAAGAUAAUCGACAAUAUUUACAAGUUAAUACAAAUGAUUCAAAUAUAUCAGAAUAUUGGAAAGCUUAUGUUGAAUAUAUUGAUGAAAUGAUAACAGAUGGAUAUUAUGCUAUUAUACAAUGUGAUCUUGAGUUUUUUCGACAAGAAACCGAUCGUAAAGCUAAUCCUGAACCAUUAUUUCAAAUUCUUCUUGAAGUUCAACCACCUGAAAUGAUAUUUACUCCAUCAAUUGAACAAAAUGCGCCCGAUGGUUUUGCUGAUUUUAUUGAUGGUCUUAUUGCAAAUUCAUAUAAACAAGCAUCACUUAUACCACGUUUAGCUAAACAUCUUCCACAUACAAAUUAUCAACCUGAUAUUCAAGAAAUGAAUUCACUUACAGAAAUGCGUCAUGAAAUAAAUGAACGUGUACAACAUGUUAUAUCAAAAGCACAUGAAUAUCAACGUUCAUUUGAUCGUUAUGCUUAUUUAUGGACAGAUGAUCGAAAAGAAUUUAUGAGACAAUUUUUAUUAUAUGGUCAUGUUUUAACACCUGAAGAAAUUCAACAACAUGCUCUUACUGGUAUACCAGAAAAUCCACCAACAACAGCACAAUUUCGUGAACAAAUUGAUACAUAUGAAGCUAUAUAUGAUGAAGUUGAAAAAAUUGAUCCAAUUCAAAUUUAUGAUAAAUGGUUUAGAAUUGAUGCUCGACCAUUUAAACAAACACUUUUAAAUACAGUAAAAAAAUGGUCAUUUAUGUUUAAACAAUGGCUUAUUGAACAUGUUACUAAUAGUUUGAAUGAACUUCAAGAAUUUAUUCAAAAAACUGAUACACAAUUAAAACGUUCAGUUAAAGAAGGUGAUUAUAAUUUACUUGUUGAAAUUAUGGCACAUUUAGCUGCUAUUAAACAACGUGAACAAACAACUGAUGCAUUAUUUACACCAUUAAAAGAAACAAUUGAAUUAUUAAAAUCAUAUAAUCAAGAUUUACCUGAAGAAGUUCAUCAACAACUUGAAAUUUUACCUGAAAAAUGGUUAAAUUUAAAACGUAAUUAUGUUGCUGUUAGACAAAAUGUUGCACCAUUACAAGCACAAGAAAAUGCUAAAAUACGUCAACGUUUAGCUGAAUUUGAUACGGCACAAACACAUUUUCGUGAACGAUUUAAAAAUGAAGCACCAUAUACAUAUGAUACACCAAAUGCUUAUAGAAAAUUAGAUCGUAUAAAUCGUGAUUUAAUUAGACGAGAAAAUGAAUUAGAAAAAUUAAUGAAAUCAUCAGCUUUAUUUGAAGUUACAUUUCCUGAUUUUAAACUUAUUAAACAAUGUCGAAAAGAUGUUAAAUUACUUAAACAAUUAUGGGAUUAUAUUAGUUUAGUAAGAUAUAGUAUGGAUGAUUGGAAAUCAACACGUUGGCGUGAAAUUAAUGUUGAACAAAUGGAUGCUGAAAUUAAAAAAUUUCAACGUGAUAUUAAAUUACUCGAUAAAGAAAUGCGUACAUGGAAUGCAUAUAUUCAACUUGAACAAAUUCUAAAAAAUAUGAUAACUGCCCUUCGUUCAAUUACUGAAUUACAAAAUUCGGCUAUACGUGAACGACAUUGGGAUGAAUUAAUGACUUGUACUGGUGUACAAUUUUCUAUGUCAACACAAACAACACUUGAAGAAUUACUUAAUCUUAAUUUAUAUAAUUAUGAAGAAGAAGUACGAAAUAUUGUUGAUAAAGCUGUUAAAGAAAUGAGUAUGGAAAAAACAAUAAAAGAUAUUGAAAAUACAUGGACAACAAUGGAAUUUGGUACAGAUCCACAUCCACGUACAGGAAUUAAAUUAUUAACAGCAAGUGAUGAACUUAUUGAAACAUUAGAAGAUCAUCAAGUACAAUUACAAAAUAUGUUACAAUCAAAAUAUAUUGCAUUUUUUCAAAAUCAAGUAUCAUCAUGGCAAAAAAAAUUAAGUCAAGCUGAUCAAGUUAUACAAAUUUUACGUGAAGUACAAAAAACAUGGGCACAUCUUGAAUCAAUUUUUAUUGGAACAGAAGAUAUUCGUAAACAAUUACCAGAAGAUUCAAAACGUUUUGAUGAAAUUGAUCGAGAUUUUAAAAAAGUAGCAGAAGAAAAUCAACAAGAUUUAAAUGUUAUUCAUUGUACUAAUCGAAAUAAUGUUUAUGAACAAUUAGAAAGUGUUAAAGCACGUUUAGCUUUGUGUGAAAAAGCUCUAGCAGAAUAUUUAGAAACAAAACGAUUAGCUUUUCCAAGAUUUUAUUUUGUAUCACCUGCUGAACUCUUAGACAUUUUAUCCAAUGGUAACGUACCAGAAAAAGUCAUGCGUCAUUUAAGUAAAUUAUUUGAUUCAAUUUCUCGACUUGAAUUAGCUGAAGAUAAACGUACAUCAGGUGUUAAAUUAAAAGAAGCUAUUGGAAUGUAUUCAAAAGAAUCUGAAAAAGUUGAUUUUCCAAGUUCAUGUGAUCUUAGUGGACAAGUUGAAACAUGGCUUAAUCGUUUACUUGAUAAAAUGCGUGAAACAGUUCGUUAUUGUCUUGCUGAAGCUAUUAAUGCUUUUGAAGAAAAACCACGUGAACUUUGGGUUCAAGAUUAUCCAGCACAAAUCGCUUUAACUGGUUCACAAGUUUUUUGGACAAUGGAAGUUAAUUUAGCAUUUUCUCGUAUUGAAGAAGGUUAUGAAAAUGGUUUAAAAGAUUAUUUUAAAAAAGCUGUCGGUCAAUUAAAUGCUCUUAUUGAAAUUCUAUUAACAGAUAUAUCACCAUUAGAACGACAAAAAAUUGAAACAAUAUGUACAAUUGAUGUACAUGCUCGUGAUGUUGUUGCUAAAAUGAUACAAGCAAAAAUUGAAAGUUCAAAUGAAUUUUUAUGGCAAUGUCAAUUAAGACAUCGAUGGGAUGAAAGAGAAAAAGAUUGUUUUGCAAAUAUUUGUGAUGCACAAUUUCGAUAUGCACAUGAAUAUUUAGGUAAUCAACCACGUCUUGUCAUUACACCACUUACUGACAGAUGUUAUAUUACAUUGACCCAAUCACUUCAUUUGAUUAUGGGUGGUGCACCUGCUGGACCAGCUGGAACAGGAAAAACAGAAACAACAAAAGAUUUAGGAAGAGCAUUAGGUGUAAUGGUUUAUGUCUUUAAUUGUUCGGAACAAAUGGAUUAUCAAUCUAUUGGAAAUAUUUAUAAAGGAUUAUCACAAACAGGUGCAUGGGGUUGUUUCGAUGAAUUUAAUCGCAUUUCAGUUGAAGUACUUUCUGUAGUCGCUGUACAAGUCAAAACAAUUCAAGAUGCAAUUCGUGAUAAAAAAGCACGAUUUAAUUUUAUGGGUGCUGAUAUUAAUCUUAAUCCUAAUGUUGGUCUUUUUAUCACUAUGAAUCCAGGUUAUGCUGGUCGAACAGAAUUACCUGAAAAUUUAAAAGCAUUAUUUCGUCCAUGUGCUAUGGUUGUACCAGAUAUUGAAAUGAUUUGUGAAAUUAUGCUUGUUACAUCGGGUUUUAAAGAUGGAAAAUUAUUAUCAUGUAAAUUUAUAACAUUAUAUAAUUUAUGUAAAGAACUUUUAUCUAAACAACAUCAUUAUGAUUGGGGUUUACGAGCUGUUAAAUCAGUAUUAGUUGUUGCUGGUGCUUUACGUCGUGCUGAUCCAAAUAGACCUGAACGUGAAGUAUUAAUGCGAGCAUUACGUGAUUUUAAUAUUCCAAAAAUUGUUCAUGAUGAUUUACCAAUUUUUAUGGGUUUAAUUGGUGAUCUUUUUCCUGCACUUGAUGUACCACGUAAACGUGAUCUUAAAUUUGAAGAAGAAGUUAAACGUGCAGCACUUGAUCUUAAACUUCAACCAGAAGAUGCAUUUAUUCUUAAAGUUGUUCAAUUAAAAGAACUUUUUGAAGUUCGUCAUUCAGUAUUUAUUGUUGGUAAUGCUGGUACAGGUAAAAGUCAAAUAUGGAAAACACUUAAUCGUAUGUAUAUUAAUCAAAAACGACGACCUAUUGCUAUUGAUCUUGAUCCAAAAGCUGUAACAAAUAAUGAAUUAUUUGGUUUUAUGAAUCCAUCUACACGAGAAUGGAAAGAUGGUUUAUUUUCAACUAUUAUGCGAGAUCUUGCAAAUAUGACACAUGAUGGUCCAAAAUGGAUUGUUCUUGAUGGUGAUAUUGAUCCCAUGUGGAUUGAAUCAUUAAAUACAGUUAUGGAUGAUAAUAAAGUAUUAACAUUAGCUAGUAAUGAACGUGUUCCACUUAAUCCAACAAUGCGUUUAUUAUUUGAAAUAAGUCAUUUAAGAACAGCUACACCAGCUACAGUUUCACGUGCUGGUAUUCUUUAUAUUAAUCCACAAGAUCUUGGAUGGGGUCCACAAGUUGCAACAUGGAUUGAUUCUCGUCCAAUUCAAAGUGAACGAGCAAAUCUUCAAAUUUUAUUUGAUAAAUAUUUACCAACAUGUAUGGAAAUGUUAAAAUCAAAUCGUUUUAAAAAAAUUACUCCACUUGUUGAUGGUUGUCAUGUAUGGAUGUUAUGUCAUUUACUUGAAUGUUUACUUGUUCCAGAAAAUUGUCCACCUGAUUGUUCAAAAGAACUUUAUGAACAAUAUUUUGCUUGGGCUUGUAUAUGGGCUAUGGGUUCAUCAUUAUUUCAAGAUCAGUAUACAGCUUAUCAGUCUAAUUUAACUGAUCAUCGUAUUGAAUUUUCACGUUGGUGGACAUUAGAAUUUAAAGCAGUAAAAUUUCCAACAACAGCAAAUACAACUGUAUUUGAUUAUUAUAUUGAUCCUGAAACGAAAAAAUUUGAAUUAUGGAGUAAAAAAGUUCCAAAAUUUGAACUUGAUCAAGAUAUUCCAUUACAAGCAACAUUAGUACCAACACCUGAAACUGUUCGAAUUCGAUAUUGGAUGGAUCUUUUAAUGGAACGAGGUUAUCCAGUAAUGUUAGUAGGUGGUGCGGGUAGUGGAAAAACUGUUAUUGUUAAUGAUAAAUUAGAGUCAUUAAAUAAUGAACUUUGGACAGUUGUUAAUGUUCCAUUUAAUUAUUAUACAUCAUCCGAAAUGCUUCAAUCUAUCUUAGAAAAACCACUUGAACGUAAAGCAGGUCGUAAUUAUGGUCCACCAGGAAAUAAACGACUUAUUUAUUUUAUUGAUGAUAUGAAUAUGCCUGAAAUGGAUAAAUAUUAUACAGUACAAGCACAUACAAUACUUCGUCAAUAUCUUGAUUAUAAACAUUGGUAUGAUAGACAAAAAUUAACAUUACGUGAUAUACAUAAUUGUCAAUAUGUGGCAUGUAUGAAUCCGACAGCAGGAAAUUUUACGAUUGACUCACGUGUUCAAAGACAUUUUGCUGUUUUUGCUGUUUCAUUUCCAGGACAAGAUUCAUUACGAACAAUAUAUAAUAGUAUAUUAUCACAACAUUUAGCUGCACCACAUCAUGCUCCAUUUACACAAGCUGUACAACGUUAUUCUUCACAAUUAGUUGAUGGUGCACUUGCUGUACAUCAACGUGUUGCUUCAACUUUUCUACCAACAGCUAUUAAAUUUCAUUAUAUAUUUAAUUUAAGGGAUCUUUCAAAUAUUUUUCAAGGUAUACUAUUUGCUAAUGGUGAAUGUGUAAAAACAACAAAAGAUCUUGUUCGUCUCUAUGUUCAUGAAGCUGAACGUGUUUAUGGUGAUAAAUUAGUUUCUGGUGAUGAUAUUGAUUCAUUUCAAAAGAUAUUUCGUGAUACAGUUAAGAAAAAUUUUAAUGAUAUUGAUGAAGAACAUUGUUUUCGUCGUCCAUUAAUUUAUACACAUUUUUCAACUGGUAUUGGUGAUCCAAAAUAUAUGCCUAUUGAUAAUUGGCAACAAUUAAUAAGACUUUUAACAGAUGCAUUAGAAAAUUAUAAUGAAGUUAAUGCAAAUAUGAAUCUUGUUUUAUUUGAAGAUGCUAUGAUGCAUGUAUGUCGAAUAAAUCGUAUACUUGAAUCACCACGUGGUAAUGCAUUACUUGUUGGUGUUGGUGGUAGUGGAAAACAAAGUUUAUCAAGAUUAGCUGCAUUUGUUUCUGGACAAGAAGUUUUUCAAAUAACAAUACGUAAAGGAUAUGGAAUUGCUGAUUUGAAAUUAGAUUUAAAUCAUUUAUAUCUUCGAGCUGGAAUUAAAAAUAUUCCAACAGUAUUUUUAAUGACUGAUGCACAAGUAGCUGAUGAAAAAUUUCUUGUUUUAAUUAAUGAUAUGCUUGCAUCAGGUGAAAUAAAUGGUCUUUUUACAGAUGAUGAAACAACUGAAAUCUUAGCUGCUGUUAAAAAUGAAGUACGAGGACAAGGUAUUGAAGAUACAAAAGAAAAUUGUUGGAAAUUUUUUAUUGAUAAAGUACGACGAAAUUUAAAGAUUGUUUUAUGUUUUUCACCGGUUGGUUCAACUUUACGUGUUCGUGCUCGACGAUUUCCUGCUUUGGUCAAUUGUACAAAUAUUGAUUGGUUUCACGAAUGGCCUGAAACUGCUUUAGUUUCUGUUGCAAAACGAUUUAUUCAAGAUGUUGAUAGUUUACCAACAGAAUAUCAUGAUUCUGUUGCUGAAUUUAUGGCUUAUGUUCAUAGUUCUGUCAAUGAAAUGAGUGUUCAAUAUUUAACGAAUGAACGACGAUUUAAUUAUACAACACCAAAAUCAUUUCUUGAACAAAUUGGUCUUUAUCGUAAUUUAUUACAAACAAAACGUCGUGAACAUGAAGAUGGUAUUCUUCGGCUUGAAAAUGGUUUAAUUAAACUUGAAUCUGUUGCCAAACAAACUGAUGAACUUAAAGAAAAAUUAAAAGUUGAAGAAGUUGAAGUAACAAAAAAGAAUGAAGAAGCUGAUCGUCUUAUUAAAGUUGUUGAAAGUGAAACAAAAAAAGUUACUGAACAACGUGAAGCUGCAGCUAUUGAAGAAAAAGAAGUUGCAGAAAAGAAAGAACGUGUUGCUGAACGACAAGCUGAAUCUGAUCGUGAUUUACAAAAAGCAUUACCUGCUUUAAAAGCAGCUGAAGAAGCAUUAAAUACACUUAAUCGAAAUAAUUUAACUGAACUUAAAUCAUUUGCAACACCACCAUCUGCUAUUCUUAAAGUUACAGCAUCAUUACAAAUACUCCUUGCACCACCUAAUCGUGUUCCACGUGAUCGAACAUGGCGUGCAGCUAAAAUAAUGAUUGGUGAUGUUGGUGUAUUUUUAAAUACUUUAUUAACUUAUGAUAAAAAUCAUAUUCCAGAAUCAUCAUUAAAAGCUGUUGAAGAAUAUUUACGUGAUCCAGAUUUUAAUCCUGAUGCUAUUCGACGUGUUUCAUUUGCAGCUGCAGGUUUAUGUGCAUGGGCUGUAAAUAUAGUUCAAUAUUAUCGCGUUUAUUGUGAAGUUGAGCCAAAACGAUUAGCAGCCGAAGAAGCAACAGAACAGUUAAGACAAACUGAAGAACAAUUUAAUGCUACACAAGCUAAAUUAGCUAGACUUCAAACAGCAUUACAAACUCUUAAAGAUCAAUAUCAAGCAGCACAAAAUGAAAAAGAUGAAUGUCAACGUGCUGCUGAUCAAACAGGAUAUACAAUUAAUUUAGCUAAUCGUCUUGUUGGUGGUCUUGCAUCUGAAAAAGAACGAUGGACAGAGACAAUACAACAAUUUCAAAUACUUGGCAAAUUUCUACCUGGAAAUGUUCUUAUAACAACAGCUUAUCUUUCAUAUGUUGGAUAUUUUACAAAAUAUUAUCGUGAAGAACUUUUAUAUCGACGUUGGAUGCCAUUUUUGAAAAGUUUGAAAGUACCAAUACCAGUUACAGAUAAUCUUGAUCCUUUAUCAAUGUUAAUUGAUGAUGCAGAUAUGGCUGCAUGGAAUAAUGAAGGUUUACCAGCAGAUAGAAUGUCAUAUGAAAAUGCAACUAUUUUAACAAAUUGUGAACGAUGGCCAUUAAUGAUUGAUCCACAACUUCAAGGUGUUAAAUGGAUUCGUACGCGUUAUGGUGAAAAAUUAGUUGUUAUUCGUUUGGGUGCUAAAGGUUAUAUGGAAAAAAUUGAACAUGCCAUAGCUGCUGGCGAAACCUUACUUAUUGAAAAUAUUGAAGAAAAUAUUGAAGCUAUUCUUGAUCCAUUAAUUGGUCGUAAUACAAUUCGAAAAGGUCGUGCAAUUAAAUUAGGUGAUAAAGAAAUUGAAUAUCAUCCAGAAUUUCGUUUAAUUUUACAAACAAAAUUAGCUAAUCCACAUUAUAAACCUGAAAUGCAAGCACAAACAACAUUAAUUAAUUUUACUGUUACACGCGAUGGUCUUGAAGAUCAAUUAUUAGCUGAUGUUGUUGCACUUGAAAGACCUGAUUUAGAAAAAUCAAAAUAUGAAUUAACACGACAAAAAAAUGAAUAUAAAAUAAGUUUAAAGAAACUUGAAGAUUCAUUAUUACAACGUUUAGCAGCAGCUAAAGGAAAUUUUCUUAGUGAUGUUGCAUUAGUUGAAAAUUUAGAAAAAACAAAAUCAACAGCUAAUGAAAUUGAACAUAAAAAAAAUGAAGCUGAAAAAACAAGUGAACAAAUUGAUAAAACACGAGAAGUUUAUCGACCUGCAGCUGCACGUGCUAGUUUACUUUAUUUUAUUAUGAAUGAUUUAAGAAAAAUUCAUCCUAUGUAUCAAUUUUCAUUGAAAGCAUUUAAAAUUGUAUUUGCAAAAGCAAUUCAAAAAUCUGAAGAAAGUGAUGAUGUUAAAAUACGUGUAGUUAAUUUAAUUGAUUCAAUUACAUAUUCAACAUCACUUUAUACAACACGAUCUUUAUUUGAACAACAUAAACUUAUAUUUACAUCUCAAAUGGUUUUUCAAAUCUUAUUAACAAAUAAAGAAAUUGAUAUGAAAGAAUUAGAAUUUCUUUUACGUUAUCCAUAUGUACCAAAUUUAACAAGUCCAGUCGAUUUCUUAAAUGAACAAUCAUGGGGUGGAGUUAAAGCUUUAUCAUCUAUGGAAGAAUUUCAUAAUUUAGAUCGAGAUAUUGAAGGUUCGGCUAAACGAUGGAAAAAAUUUGUUGAAUCGGAAGCACCAGAAAAAGAAAAAUUUCCACAAGAAUGGAAGAGUAAAACAUCAUUACAAAAAUUAUGUAUUAUGAGAGCUUUAAGACCUGAUCGAAUGCUUUAUGCAUUAAGUUUAUUUGUUGAAGAAAAAUUAGGUCGAAAAUAUGUUGAAAAUCGAACAAUUGAAUUGGCACGUUCAUAUGAUGAAACAACUAAAGCUACUCCAAUAUUCUUUAUUCUUUCACCUGGUGUUGAUCCACUUAAAGAAGUUGAAAGUCUUGGUCGAAAAAUGGGUUUUACAAAUGAUAAUGGCAAAUUUCAUAAUAUUUCACUAGGACAAGGACAAGAUGUUGUCGCUGAAAAAGCACUUGACGAUGGAUCAAGUGAUGGUCAUUGGGUUGUUUUACAAAAUAUUCAUUUAGUUGCUCGAUGGUUACCACAAUUAGAAAAAAAAUUAGAACAAACAGCUGAAGUAGCUAAUGAAGAAUUUCGAGUUUUUCUUUCAGCUGAACCAGCACCAGAUCCAGAUGGACAUUGUAUUCCACAAGGUAUUCUUGAAUCAGCUAUUAAGAUUACAAAUGAAGCACCAACAGGAAUGUAUGCAAAUAUUCAUAAAGCGUUAGAUAAUUUUGAUCAAGAUACAAUGGAACGUUGUUCAAAAGAAAAUGAAUUUAAAUCGAUUCUAUUUGCUCUCUGCUAUUUUCAUGCUGUUGUUGCUGAACGUCGUAAAUUUGGACCAAUUGGAUGGAAUAGACGAUAUCCAUUUAAUAAUGGUGAUUUAACUAUUAGUGUCGAUGUUUUAUACAAUUAUUUAGAAGCUAAUUCAAAAGUUCCAUGGGAAGAUCUUCGUUAUUUAUUCGGUGAAAUUAUGUAUGGUGGUCAUAUAACUGAUGAUUGGGAUCGUCGUUUAUGUCGAAGUUAUCUUGAAACUUACAUUAAUCCAGAUAUGUUCGAUGGUGAUUUAUAUUUAGCACCAUUAUUUCCAAUUCCACCGAAUAGUGAUUAUAAAGGUUAUCAUCAAUAUAUUGAUGAAUAUUUACCAGCAGAAUCACCAAAUUUAUAUGGUCUUCAUCCAAAUGCUGAAAUUGAUUUCUUAACAACAACAAGUGAAACAUUAUUUAAAACAGUUUUAGAAUUACAACCACGUGAUGCAGGUGCUGGAGCAUCUGAAAGUGGUUCAGUAACAAGUCGAGAAGAAAAAAUAAAAGCUGUACUUGAUGAUAUUAUGGGUCGAUUACCAGAUGAUUUUAAUAUGGCAGAAUUAUUUGCUAAAACAGAAGAAAAAACACCAUAUACAGUUGUUGCUUUACAAGAAUGUGAACGUAUGAAUAUGUUAUUAAAAGAAAUGAGACGUUCAUUAAAAGAAUUAGAUUCUGGUUUGAAAGGUGAAUUAACAGUUACUGCUGAUAUGGAAGCAUUACAAGAGUCUCUUUAUCUUGAUCAAGUACCAAAAACAUGGGAACUUCGAGCUUAUCCAUCAUUAUUUUCUCUUGGUACAUGGUUUGUUGAUUUACUUAAUCGUUUUAAAGAUCUUGAAUCUUGGACAAGUGAUUUUCAAUUACCUUAUGCUGUUACUUUAGGUUAUCUUUUUAAUCCUCAAUCAUUUUUAACUGCAAUUAUGCAAACAACAGCACGUAAAAAUGAAUGGCCUCUUGAUCGUAUGUGUUUAUCUGUUGAUAUUACUAAACGAACAAAAGAAGAACUUGGUGGAGCACCACGUGAAGGUGCAUAUAUAUGGGGUCUUUAUCUUGAAGGUGCUCGAUGGGAUACUCAAACAUCACUAUUAACUGAAGCUAGAUUAAAAGAAAUAACAUCAGCAAUGCCAGUUAUAUUUGUUAAAGCUAUACCAACAGAUCGUAUGGAUACAAAAGGUAUGUAUGAAUGUCCAGUAUAUAAAAUUAAAACACGUGGUGCACAUUUUGUCUGGACAUUUUAUCUUAAAACAAAAGAAAAACCAAGUAAAUGGGUACUUGGUGGUGUUGCUUUAUUGUUACAAAAAUAA